AUGUUGGCCGUAGCUUAUUCAUACUUAUUAAAAUAUUGGUGUAUCAUUAUUGCAGCAAGAUCAUCAGAAAAAUGGAUAAUAAGAUUGAUUAAUGGUAUCAUUGAAUACGAUCAAAAAGUCGAAUUUUUUUUCAAAUCUACAUCGACUCACCAUCGCUCACAAAGUCAAACAUAUUGGAACACAGUUUUUAUUGUCCUAAUAACUUAUUAUGUUAUUACAACUGUGAUAAUCUGGAUAUUUCAUCCACCACAAAGUAUGAACGUGCUAGUUUUCUUUACAUAUAUUUUUCAAUUACAGUACUUCAUAGACUUUACAAUAGUCACAUCAACAUAUUUUUUCCUAACAAAUUUGGAGUUUAGAUUCCAAAUGUUGAACAAUUUAUGGAAACUGUAUCCUAUUGAAAUAUUCACCAUCCCUGGAGGAUGGACUUGUUCCAAGAUAACAAUGUUUCUGGAGGAUAUACGAUUAUUACACGCUGAACUAUCCGAGCUGUUGAAAAUAUUCAGCGUCGGAUAUGGUAAAAUGCUCUUGGGGUUCUUUGUUUUCAGUUACAUCGAUAUAUUAUUUUUAUAUUUUUUAUUAAUUCAUUUAUCAUUAGACGAACAGGGCAGUAUUUCUGUCACUGUAACGGUCUUAAUCACAAGUGGACUGGGAAAAACUAUAGCAUUUAUUAUGUCCAUUAUUCUUGCUACUUCACGUGUAAACAAAGAGCUAUAUUAUUUACGAUUAAUAAGGAUUUCAGUUUUGCCCGUUAUUAUAAAACAACAAAUUAAAAUGUUUAUGAAUCAGAUAUUGGUUUUUGAAUCGUACGAAAUGACAGCCUUUGGAGUUUUCAGGAUAAAUAUGAAUCUUUCCAUAACGUUCUUAUUAUUAAUUAUGACUGGAAUGAUAACGGUGAUACAGAUGAAAAAUCACCCAUUUAGUUUACUAUUGUUCAAUGAUUUUACGACGUUCUGGGAUAGUAUUUUCACAUAG